AUGGUGCCUUCAUCAUACCUCGACAACAGAAUCCAAGACGACAAAAGCUACGGCGCCAGCCUAUGGACGCCGCUAAACAAAGAGUGCUCAUCCUGGCUCGACACCAAGCCACUCAAGUCAGUCAUCUACGUCUCGUUCGGCAGCAUGGUCUCCCUCACCCCCAAGCAAACACACGAGCUGGCACGAGCCCUAGCCGACUCCAACUCUCACUUCCUCUGGGUCGUGAGGGACACCGAACAUAAAAAACUCCCACCCGAAUUCCCAGACUCCACCAAACACAAAGGCCUAAUCCUGCCGUGGUGCAACCAGCUGGCGACGCUGGCCCACCCAGCAAUCGGCUGCUUUGUGAGCCACUGUGGAUGGAACUCGACUCUCGAGGGGCUAUCCCUUGGAGUGCCUAUAGUGGGCAUGCCCCAGUGGGCCGACCAGAUGACAGACGCUAGAUUUAUAGAGGUGUGGGGUAUAGGGGUUAGGGCAAGAGAGGACGAGCAUGGGGUUGUGACGAGGGACGAGCUUUUGUCUCGUGUAAAGGAAGUGAUGGGAUGUGAGGAGAUUAGGGGGAAUGUUAGGAGGUGGAGUGACUUGGCUAAGAGGGCUUGUGAUGAGGGCGGGAGUUCGGAUAGGGCCAUCCGUGAUUUCGUCGACCAGUUGAAGAAAUGUAAAAUCGGGCUCUAG